AUGCCUUUAUGUAAAAGUUCCAGUAUUAAUAUAUAUAAUACAGAACAAGUUGAUAUUGAUGAUACUUCUUUAAAAACAUUAAAUAAUAAUAUAGAGCAAGAUGAUGAUAAUCUUUUAAAAACGCGUAUAGAACGUAAUGUCUUUCUCAAAUAG